CACCUGGUCCAGCAACAUCCGGCAUGGAGACGCCACCGACGUCAGGGGAAUCAUUCAGAAGAUCGUGGACAUUCAUAAGGUCAAACACGUGACUUGUUUCGGGCUGCGUCUCACUCACGUUCCGUCGGGCGACAUCCACUGGCUCCACCCGGAUAUGGGCGUGUCCCACGUGAGGGAGAGAUACGAGCAGAACCGCCCACAGGACGAAUGGAGGUAUGAGCUGAGGAUCCGUUACCUGCCCAAGGGCUUCCUCAAUCAGUUCGCUGAAGACAAACCCACUCUCAACUAUUUUUAUCAGCAGGUGAAGAAUGACUACAUGCUGGAGAUUGCGGAUCAGGUGGAGCAGGAGAUGGCGCUGAAGCUGGGGUGUCUUGAGAUCCGGAGAUUCUACAGAGAGAUGAGAGGAAACGCUCUGGAUAAAAAAUCCAACUAUGAACUGCUAGAAAAAGACGUCGGACUACGGCGGUUCUUCCCCAAAAGUUUGUUGGAAUCGGUUAAGGCCAAAACGCUGAGGAAACAGAUCCAACAGACGUUUAAGCAGUUCGCCAACCUGAACGACGAGCAGAGCAUACUGAAGUUCUUUGAGAUCCUGGCGCCCGUCCACAGAUUCGACAAAGAGUGCUUUCGAUGUGCUCUGGGGUCGAGUUGGGUCAUAUCAGUGGAUCUCGCUAUCGGUCCCGAGGAGGGAAUCAGUUACCUGACAGACAAGGGCUCCACGCCGACACAUCUGGCCAACUUCACGCAGGUGCAGAGCAUCCAUUACUCCUGCGUGGAGGAGAAGGAGAGGAAGGGCGUCUUACAGCUGGACGUGGCAGGAGCCGCUGAGCCUCUCACGAUCAGCACGCCGUCCUUCGCCGCCGCUGAGAACAUGGCCGACCUCAUCGACGGAUACUGUCGCCUGCUCAACGCCGUCAGCCAGUCCUUCAUCGUCAGACCGCAGAAAGAGGGGGAAAGAGCUCUUCCAUCCAUUCCAAAACUGGCCAACAAUGAGAAGCGGCUGGAGGGGAUCCGGGCAGGAGUUCGUGCCAUCUCUGUUUCAGAAGAUCUAAGCGGAGAUGAAACAGACGACUACGCAGAGAUCAUAGAUGAGGAGGACACCUACACCAUGCCCUCUACCGAAUGCUAUGGAUUAGACGCAGCUCAGGACUAUGAGAUCCAGCGGGACAGAAUCGAGUUGGGACGGUGUAUCGGCGAGGGCCAGUUUGGGGACGUCCACCAAGGGGUUUACAUCAGUCCGGAGAAUCCAUCGUUAUCAGUGGCCAUUAAGACGUGUAAGAACUGCACCUCAGACAGCGUGCGUGAGAAGUUCCUGCAGGAAGCUCUGACAAUGCGGCAGUUCGACCAUCCGCACAUUGUGAAGUUGAUUGGAAUCAUCACUGAAAAUCCCGUCUGGAUCAUCAUGGAGCUGUGCACGCUUGGAGAGUUGAGGUCGUUCUUGCAAAUAAGGAAGUACAACCUGGACCUGUCCACGCUGAUUCUGUUCGCCUACCAGCUGAGCACAGCGCUGGCGUACCUGGAGAGCAAACGCUUCGUGCACAGGGACAUUGCUGCCAGGAACGUGUUGGUGUCUUCCACAGACUGUGUGAAGCUUGGUGACUUCGGUCUCUCCAGAUACAUGGAGGACAGCUCCUAUUAUAAAGCUUCUAAAGGGAAACUGCCGAUCAAAUGGAUGGCUCCUGAAUCCAUAAACUUCCGUCGGUUUACCUCGGCCAGCGACGUCUGGAUGUUCGGUGUGUGUAUGUGGGAAAUCCUCAUGUUCGGCAUCAAGCCUUUCCAGGGCGUGAAGAAUAACGACGUGAUCGGGCGGAUAGAGAACGGCGAGAGGUUAGCGAUGCCCCAGAACUGCCCUCCGACCCUCUACAGCCUGAUGACCAAAUGCUGGUCGUAUGACCCCAGCAAACGGCCGCGCUUCACCGAACUCCAGACGCAGCUCAGCACUAUCCUGGACGAGGAGAAGGCCCAGCAGGAGGAGCGUUUCCGUAUGGAGAUGAGGAGACAGGUCACCGUGUCCUGGGACGCUGGGAAUUCAGACGAGGCUCCUCCGAAGCCCAGCAGACCUGGUUACCCGAGUCCUCGAUCCAGCGAUGGUUAUUUCCCUAGUCCUCCGCACAAUCACUACCAGGGGUCUGGAUUUCCCGGUGCAGGAUUCCCGCUGCAGGCGUCUGUCCUCGACCCGCAUGAAGCAUGGAACCAUCACAGACACGAGGUUCCUGUGUGGUCUCCAAACAUGGAGGAUGGGGGCGCUCUGGGGCGGAGUCAGGGGAUGGAGGAGACGCUCAUCAAACAGCAGCAGCAGAUGGAGGAGGACCAGAGAUGGCUGCAGCAGGAGGAGAGCUUCCUGGUACUGACAUAACUUCUCUCUG